ACUUUGGCUUCUGCUUCAGCUGACAGGCUCAAGCCAAUUUCAACUUUUGUGCAAAUUAUUGAAUUAGCCGAGACCAUCGUAAAAAGAACUGUUUGUUCUUUUUUCUUUAAGAAAACAAACAGAAAGAUGAUUGAAUUAAGAGAAGUUUCAGAGGGGCAAUUUGUGUGGGCAAAAUUAAAAGGAUACGACUGGUGGCCAGGGAUGGUUGUUCCAGCAUCAUUGUGCACACAUUUUACCAAUGAAAGCGAUAGCCAUUUAUGUGUGUACUGGUACGGCCACAACUCAGUUUCAAAGGUUGACCAGUCUCUGAAAAUGUGUGACUUUUUGAAAGGGUUCCCAAAAUGCUUCACCAAAAAUAAAACCAAGAUGUUUAAGUUUGGCGUUUUUCGUGCAGGAAGAGACUUAAUGCUGAUGCAUAAACACUCUGAAAAUAUCGAUGUAUGUGAUAAGGAAGUAUAUGACUGGAUACUGGCUACUGAUCCUCGGGAUGUGAAGACUGAAGGGUGGAAACUGUCAGGAUUUGUUCAAGAACAAUUAAAGCUUCUUUCCAUGAGGUUUUCAAGCAAGACUGAUGUCCAAACCAGCACCACAGGAACUGAAAAUGCAUCAAACAAUGUAAAGCCCAAACUGUGCUUUGAUCUCAACUGCUGCCUGUCCUGUGAAUCUUCUGAUGCAGGAGCACAUUUAGACCAUCCAAUAUUUGAAAAAAAAAAGAUCUGUUGUGUGUGUUUGGAAAAGUUGAAGAGAGCAUACUUUGUGCAUAGAGUGGAUGACUCUUCUGGAUCCAUCAGCUGCCUGAGUAACGAGGCCUCUUUGGGUUUACCUUUAAGAAAUGGAUGGAGAGAGAAUAUGCUUGAUAUGUUUCACCAAAAGCAACACCCUAAUUCACACAUUUGUGUGUCUGAAAAUCAUGUCAGUAUCUUCAGCUUUUCUGAAUCUCAAAACGCUGGAGCUGCACUGUGUUUACAUCUCGAAGAAAUGGCAGGCAUAAGAAAAUUUGAAUUGUUCCUCUGCGAUCAACCCUCAAGAGGAAGUGAUACCAAGGAUGUGAUGGAUGCACACAAUUUUGGUCAAGCCGUGACUGAAUGCACAAUUACUUAUCUGGGUAGAAUAGAAGAAUUGGAGCUGCUCUACCCUUUGGUGAAAAUAGAAUAUUACGUUGCCUCAAGAAGUGAUAAAGGCAAUGCUGACCUGGGUUCUUUCUUUUUUCAUUUUUUUAAAACUAUUAGUACAAAGAAAGGAUGCAAGUGGAUAUUUCAGAUGCCAGCUCCAUAUAACAAAGGCUAUGUUAGACUUAUAAGCAGGUUUCUAGAGUGUGAGCCUGGCUUGUGGCGAAACACGUUCUCUACAGAGAACUUCACCUGGACAAAUGAGCGGUCUUUGUUAAGGGUAUUGGAAGAACCUGAAGUACUCUAAAAAUACAGAGAUCCAAUACCACAUUAGAAAAACAAAAGUAUGAAACAUUGUCGGUAUCUUUUGAAAGGAGCACCAUGAUUGCACGUGAAUUCUUAUUUAGAUUGCCCUUGCAUAAUUUUCAAGUGUUUUGGGAUGGGUAAAAUUCAAAAUUGGGAUUUUCAAAGAUCAUGAUUGAUUCAUCAAUUUGUUGAAACAAUCGAACAAACUGAAACAAGAGUUUUUUUUCCUUAUCUUUAUUGAUGUUACUUCAAUGUAAAUAAUCAACAUUAUUUAUGGGUCAUAAAGCUCAGCUGUCAGCUGGUUACAAUGAUGUCAUUCAUGAAAGGCCCAUUCAGUGAUCUCAAGUAGGACAGUGGCUAACUUAUAAUUCUGAAAUAACAGACGUAGUUUUUAAGACAUCUUUUAAAAGCUUAAAUUAUUUUGCAAACUGAAAUUCAUGCAUUAAUUCUGUUGUCAGUACGAUAUUAUUGUUCCUUUACUGUAAGAAGAUCUUUUACCACUUCAUCAUUUCCAUAACAUAAGACAUAAUAAAAUAUCAUAUUGAUAAUUUUCUAUUUACAUGCUGUUUCAAUUGGAUCAUGUCUGACUUGACUUUCCCAUAUCAAAAGUAAAGGAAGCUUGUGAGAAGAAUGUUGAUAAGUAAAAGACAAGUCUUCAAAAGGUUCCUGUGACUUGCCAACACACCUCUGUACUACCUCUACCAAACACAUAGCAUAAUACUAAACUUGCUAGCAUUCAUUGUACUUUUCUUGAAGUGCAGCUCGAGUAACUGGAGACUAACGUACGUAGCAGUCUUCGUAGUUCUCCACGUUAAAAAGUGAGUCCAAUAACCCUUCAAUGAUGCUCCAAUCACUCCAAGUUCACCUGCAGUAAACAAACGACAAACAGUAGACAUAAAUAUAUGAGCUCUAUUUAACAAAAAAAAAA